AUGGCUCGACCAGUCGCUAGACAUCUCCUCUAUCUACCGCUCCUCGAAGGCGAGGUGGUUAGGAUGAUAGAUCUUCAACCAGGAGUGGGGGACGAUCCUGUCUCGCUUCGACUUCUGAUCGCCGAGUUAGGUCAUCAUCCUGACUACGAGGCUGUCUCUUAUGUCCGGGGCGACCCUACUCAAAUAAUUUCAGUCCUUUGGAACGGGAGACCUCUCGCUAUCACUAUCAGCCUCAAUGCAGUCUUCAAGAGAGUUCGAUUCGCAGACAGAUCUCGAAUCCUGUGGGCCGACGCUGUAAGCAUCAACCAAUGGCAUGAUGAAGAACGAAGCCAUCAAGUUGCUUUCAUGGGUAAAGUGUACAGCUGUGCGAAAAGAGUGCUUGUGCAUUUCGGGGACGAUCUGUACGGCGAUGCAAGAAACGUUUCUUCUCUUGUGAUGGAGCAUGCUGCGAUGAUCUCGAAAUACAAGUCCGUGCAUGACAUGCCCAUUCUGUUGGCAGAGGAUCCUGCGCUUGAUGAUCCGAGAUGGAAAACUCUAUCAAGAUUUCACCACUUGCCAUGGUGGAGUAGAGCAUGGGUUAUUCAAGAAGUCGGAUUGGCGCGAGAAUCGGUCUGUCAAUACGGCAAUGAGGAGUUUGAUUACCGCGAUUUAAUGAGACUCGCCGUAUGGACGACAAGAUGUGCACCACAUCUUGAAUUCAGAUAUGAUGUUUCUUUCGCGACCGUCCAUACAGACUGGCUGGAUUGGUCGCCCAAAUGGCGAGAAACCUCUCCGGAUCCUAGCCAGACUUUCCUAGGUUUGAUGAACCAUUCGCGGUGGCUUUCGUGCCAGUGGAAGAAGGACCACAUUUACGCCCUUCUAGGCCAUCCACUGGCUCAUGUUGAAUCUGACGAGAAGCUGAUUGUCCAACCAGCCUACAACAAAACCGAUGAGGCCGUCUAUCUUGAGCUCGGAAAGAUGCUGAUAAGAAGCCAUGGCCUUCGUGUCCUGUCUCCAGUGGACCAUAGCGAGGAAACCUGGAGCAGCCUUUUGGUUCUUUCUUGGCUUCCCUUCUAUCACAACGUCGAGCUUACAGCAUGCAAUUUCGGAGUCUUCCCAGAUUUCUGUUACAAUGCUUCUGGGCGAUCUGAAAGUCAGCUCGUGAUAAACGCGGACGACUUGCAUGUUGAAGGCAUGCUCGUUGACGUUGUGAGACGUUCAUAUCGAUUCACCGAACAGGAUUUAGAGGAUCUUGGAAGACUGUCAAUGGAGAGGCGUGCUGUUGGACAUCAGGACGGACUGCUGGAUCAUAUCAUGGCUGAAGCCCUUGGUGGGGUGAAUGGCCAAGCUUACGAUGCGGACGACAAAGUUACGGCCCUCAGCUUGACACUUUGUGCAGGGUUGUCGAGAUACCGAAGCGCCGACGAUGAUCUUGAUCAGCACUGCAAAGACUUUGCCGCCUUCUACAGGCUUUGGAAGGGGCUGCAAGACCAGGACGACUUCCCUCAGUGGAUGCCACGGGAUCACGCCGAUGGAGACUAUGAGAAAUAUACGACCGACAUGAAGCUGGUAUGCGAAGGUAGAAGCUUCAUGUUCACCGAAAAGGGCCGUUUCGGUCUGGCACCACUGAUCACGUUUCCCGGAGACAUCUGCUGCGUCCUUUUUGGCGGGACGGUGCCUUUCGUCCUACGGCGGACACAGCGCGAGCGGUAUUUCAAACUUUAG